AUGCGUUUUUCGCUAUCAACAAAAUACAAAUGUGUUUUGCUGUGUAUCCCCUUGCCUUAUGACGAUUUUUCUAAACAAUCACAGGUUGAAGAAGAGAGUGAUCAUCACAAGGCUGCUCGUUUCUUCUCCUCAUCUCCAGAGAAGCAAACUCCGUAUAUGAUACUUGAAGGUUAUAAAGUAGGAGAGUCUUCAGAAGCUGAAAACAUCAUAAUGAGUUUCAAGUUAUUCGAUCUAAGUAAAGAAGAGAUCAUCGAGGUUAUCCACAAGUCAUUUCCAAAGUUGUUGUACGAAGAGUCAAGAGUCAUUGGGAGCUCGCGCGGCUGGAUAGCUUUUAUGAGCAAACAUGAUGGAACCGUACAUCUAAGCGACGUAUUCAAUCUCGGGUCCCUUAGAGUUAUAACUCUGCCCCAAAUACCUAUGCGUACUUCUUCCACUCCCAUCAUAAAUGUCUCCUUAUCCUAUCCGCCAGACCAAGACAAUGAUUAUGUAGUGUACGUCAAGUUCUUAGGCAACCGGCUAUAUUACUGUAGGCGUAAUGACCACUCGCAAUGGGUUACAAUCUAUAAUGACGACAUCCACGAACUCCACUAUGAUAUCGUUUAUUCCCAACGAAACCAAAUGUUGUUCCUCGUGAUAGCAGCAGCAAGUUUCUUGCUUUCUUUUGACCUCAACAUGAACAAAAGGUAUACGAUGUUGCAUUUGAGAAACAUCCCAAAGAUGCCACAGUCCGAGUGGGAGUCGUUGGCUUUGUGUUUCAAGAGAGAGUACUUGGUUGAGUCCCCCGGUGGCAGACUUUUUGUUGUUAAGCAGUAUGUAGAGACAUACGACCAAGGGAACAAGGAGAUUAUAUUCAACAGAAACAAGAGAUUUAUGGUGUUUAAGCUAGGAACAAAAACAAGGAAUGGAGAAAUUGCCGCUUAUUACACUGAAGACAUUGGAGAUCUCUGCAUUUUCUUUGGCAACAAUGAGACAUUAUGUGUUGAGGCAAGCCAAUAUCCUGGACUUAAGCCUAACUCUAUAUAUUACAUUGGCUAUGGUCUCGGUGUGUACGACAUCGGUUCCAAAAAAGUUCACCAGUUUACUUCAUCUAUGUCUCUCAAUUGGCCUCUCUAUCUCUUACCAAAUCUUAUUUAA